GAAUGAUUGAACAAUUAGCUACGCAUGAUUUUAGGUCGUCCUCCUUGAAAGUAAGGAAUAAACAUUGAUUUUGCCGCGUUUUUAAAUAUCUUUAAAGGUGACACAUCAUUGCCAUGUGAAGAAGCAACAGAAGUUGCGUUUAUUUAUCCAAGAAUAGCAUAUCAUUAUCAUUGUGAGUCCGAGGCCAUUGAAAAGCAUUGAGAUGUGUGAUGUUGCACCCACCGAGACUGCUGACAAUGGACUGGCCGACUGUGCAGAAGAGGCAACCAUAGCUCAGCCAGUAGAGGAAGACUCUCCCAACAUCACAAUAGCCAUAAACAAUGUCGUGUGCAGCUUCACUGUGCGGUGUCAUCUUAACUUAAGGAAGAUUGCCUCAGAGGGAAUGAAUGUAGAAUUCAAAAAAGAAAAUGGGAUGGUGACAAUGAAGUUGAGAAAACCAUACACCACAGCUAGUAUCUGGUCCUCUGGCAAAAUCACUUGUACUGGUGCAACAAGUGAAGAAGAAGCCAAGAUAGCAGCACGGCGCUUCUCACGGGUUUUACAGAAUAUGGGAUUUCGAGCUCGUUUCUCCAACUACAGAGUGGUAAAUGUGCUUGGAACAUGUUCCAUGCCUUUUGGAAUCAAAAUUGGUCAGUUUUCACAAGAGCACAAGAAAGCUGCAAGCUAUGAGCCUGAAUUGCAUCCAGGAGUCACAUACAGAAUACCUGACCCUAAAGCUACCUUGAAAGUCUUCUCAACAGGAAGCAUAACCAUUACUGCCCCUUGUGUUGGAAAUAUCCAGACGGCCGUUGAACACAUUUUUCCACUCGUAUACGCAUUUAAAAUGGAUCGCAUUGAGAGCCAGGAUGUCAAACGUAAAACACUGCUCAAUAAACUAAAGAAACGUCCACUUUCAAUGAACUGUAAUGGUCCAACCUUGAAGAAAGUGAAGUAUGUGGAGGAUUUAGAUGAGGUGACUGAUGAGUUUGAUAGCAUGUCUGAGGAGACUGAUGAUUUUGACACUGAUGAAAGUUUUGAUUGAUCAUAUGAUAGACAUUGCACAAUGGAGAGGUCAUUUUAGGCUGGGUUCAGUCAUAUUGAAGCAAUGAGCAUGUCUAACAUUAGAACGGCCAUAUUCAAAUAGUGGAACACGUUGUGUGGCUGCAUGUGUCCUACAAAAAUGUUGUCACUGUGAAGAAAUAAAUAAGUUCCCCUUUGUCAGGAAGGCCAAAUGAAAGUCAUUUAUGGUGACCUCUGUUCAAGGUUAUCGAGGCCAGGAUUUGCCAGUUGCAGUAGUCUCUUGUAUCAUGUGUAAGGGGUCAUUGACCAACGAACCAGAAUGAAUGUUUCACUCACCCCUCUGAAAUCUGUUUGUACUUGGCUGCAUAAUGUGCUGUGUUACUGAGAGAGUUCUUUGGUAUUACUUUUCUACAGUGUGUCCAUUGAAAAUGGAUUUUCGUCAAUAUGAAAUGUAUUGUAAUUUGUGUAUUAGUAGUUGUGGUUCAGUUGUUUACAUGACGUGUAUCCAGUGUGUAUUGUAUGUUUGUAGGUGCCAUCAUGGGCAGGGAGUGGUGUGAAUACGGUCAGUGCUUAUCUCUUCCACUUUCCAUGUUAUGUAAGUUGAGUUGAUAGAUUGAACAUUGAUUUCAACAAACUUUUUGUGUAGAUAUCUUGAUGUUUUGGGCGGCCUUUGACAGGUUAGAGGUCUUCCUCUCUGCCGGUUUAGUCUUUUUUCGUUGGUGUAAACGUAAGUCAUUUUCACUGUGGUUUUGAUUUCAUGUUCCUCAAGGCCUGCGUGUGAUGUUUCAAGUACGGCCUCGUUAUUAACAAUGAUAGCGGAAUAAACAAGAUCUUCUGUCUAAUACUUGCCCUCUUAUCCAUUUCAACAUAAAAAAAAGAUGUCAUUUGUUAGUUUCGUCUGGAAAAAAAAAUCUCUUCCUCAUGUGGCUCCUUCUUAAAAUGAGUGGUCUAUUGGAAUGUGUCGUUGAUUCUAUUUCUAUUCUCAUCAUCAAGGCUGACCCAUGGCCAUGGGGGGGGGGUCCUGCACUUUCAUUUGACCUUUAAGAUCAGAAACUGGUUUGAGCCAUUUUGUUUGCAUUCCGUACAUUUUGUGAACUGGACUGGUUCAGAGUGUAGUCAGGAAUCUCAGUUUUGUAAUUUGGAGAAUGCAAAAAUAUAUGGACAAUGGUUUCCAAUGUACUACUUGUAAAUACAAAUUACAGUAAAUUUUCAUUUCUA